AUGGACGUUCCUGAGCCUGAGCAGACGCCUUUCACGGCCGUGACGGCGCAAACCUCGAAGCUGGCUAGGCAAUACCAAACCUACCUCGACGCCUCCACCCCAUUCACAGCCUACCGCUGGACCGGCACCGUCGUCCUACUCCUCAUCUUCUUCCUGAGAAUCGUCCUCGCCCAGGGAUGGUACAUCGUAGCCUACACCCUCGGCAUCUACCUGCUCAACCUCUUCCUUCUCUUCCUGCAACCCAAGUUCGACCCGUCCCUGACGCAGGAUGAGGGUCUGGAAGACGGCGACGCCGCCGCUCCCAGCCUGCCCAUGAAGCAAGACGACGAGUUCCGUCCUUUCAUCCGCCGUCUCCCCGAAUUCAAGUUCUGGCACUCGGCCACUCGCGCCAUUGCUAUCGGCUUCGUGUGCUCGUGGUUCGCUGUCUUCGAUAUCCCGGUGUUCUGGCCUGUCUUGGUGGUUUACUGGAUUAUUCUGUUUGUGUUGACCAUGCGCCGCCAGAUCCAGCACAUGAUCAAGUACCGCUAUGUGCCGUUCUCGUUCGGUAAGACGCGGUACGGUCGGUCAUAA